AAAUAUCUCUUGUUGUUGUGUGUGUAAUUGUUGUACCAGUGAGUGCCAGUGCGUGUCAGUGGAUCGAUCCGGAGAGGAGAACGAACCAAGUGAAAGUGCUCCAAAGAAAGCGCAAGAAAAACGAGUCAAAACCCCAGGCUAAGCCAAGAAAAUCCCCACAAAUCCUGUCUAAUCAUGUCGGACAUUGAGGAUGUCUUUGGUGGCUCCGCCGAGGAGGCCAAGCCCAAGCCGGACGCGGAUGUGGAUGCGGCUGCGGAAGCCAACGCCAACGCCGAUGCCGAAAGCAAGAGCAGCGUCGUCACCGAACGGACCGAGGAGGUCAUUCCUGGGGAGACCGAGAAAAUGAUCACCGAGACCAUCGACGAGGACGGAGACGUUGUCGAGGAGACAACUGAAGUCACCCGCAAGACGGUCAAGAGAACCAUGAAAAUCACUGAGACUUCAGCCACCACAAAGACAACCACGCUCACGACGCCCGCCAAGCUGUAUGGCAAGGAUCUGAGCGAGUACGAUGAUGUGGAUGUGGAGAGCCUGCUGGCCCAGCUCUCGCCUGAAGAGAUCACCAUACUGGCCAAAGAGGUGGAUCCUGAUGACAACUUCCUGCCGCCUGACCAGCGCUGCAGCUACGAGUGCAGCAAGGAUGCCACCGGGCCGCUCAAUCGCAAGCAGCUGAUCGAGCACAUCAACAAGCAGGCCAUCGAGACGCCCGACGAGCCCGAGUUCGAGCCGUAUGUCCAGGGCAAGGUGCGCGGCAAGAAGUGGGUGCCCCCGCCGAGGGAUGCCCGCGAGAUCGAGGCCGAGGAACAGAUCGCCAUCGACAUGGGCGACGAGUACGAGCACGCGCUGAACGACGCCACGCAGGAAGAGAUCAUCGAUCUGGCCGCCAUCCUGGGCUUCCACUCGAUGAUGAACCAGGACCAGUACCACGCCUCGCUGCUCAACAAGGGCCAACCCGUGGGCAUGGGCUGGGACGGCAUCACAAAGUCCACGCAGCAGAAGCUCUUCCCCAUGGACCCGCCCAACGCCACCGAUGUGGAGGAGUCGAUCAAGCGCGUCAAGGACGACGACUCCAAGCUGGUCGACUUGAACUUCAACAACAUAAAGAACAUCUCGGACGAGAAGCUCGAACAACUCUUCGCCGCACUGCCUCAGAACGAACAUCUGGAAGUCCUCUCGCUGACAAACGUCGGCCUGACUGACAAGACAGCUCUCCUGCUCGCGGAGGCGAUCGAGAAGAGCAAAACCCUGAGAGUAUUAAACGUCGAGACCAACUUCAUCAGUCCGCCCGUGAUUGUGAAGCUGGUGCAAGCCCUGCUCAAGUGCCACACCAUCGAGGAGUUUAGGGCCUCCAAUCAGCGAUCUGCGGUGCUGGGCAACAAGAUCGAGAUGGAGAUCACCGAUCUGGUGGAGAAGAACCCCUCGCUGCUGCGACUCGGCUUGCAUCUGGAGUUCAACGAUGCCCGCCACCGCGUGGCCGCUCACCUCCAGCGCAACAUCGACAGAAUAAGAAAAGAUCUUGAGUUGCGACUGCAGUUCAGAUUUUUCAAUAAUCUGCAUAGAAAAUCGACAAGAAUUCAAUAGGAGAUCAGCAUCAACCAAAGAAAUCAAACUAAAACUAAACCUAAACCAUUUUUAAAGCGUUUUGUAAUCUAAAUAUAACGAAAGAAAGAAAGAAAAUUAAGGACAGGAAAGGAAAGGAAAGAAGAGUACAGAAAGGAAGAAGAAACCCCCCAAAAUAACAACGAAAGAACGUGUAUAAAAUAAUAUAAAUAUAAAAGGAAGGAUAAAGUCCAAGUCGAACCAUAUCUGCGUACAUAUAUAUUCUAGAGAGACUCUUACUAAGCAAAAAGAAACAAGCGAAGCGAAGCAAAUAAAACCCAAAGUGAAAGUGAAAUAUCAUUAUACGUACGAGUAUAUACGAGUACCAGCUUAAAAAUACAUACUAUAUCGUAUCGCGUAGAUGUUUGUUUGAAGAUAUGUUCGAGGUCGAGUCGAGUCGAGGCCUCUUCUAAUCCCAGCAGAAAUCGUUUAGGCGAUCCACAUUUGUACGUGUUACGUGUAUAAUUUUCUCUAAUGCUUAACACAGGAAUUAAACUGCGAUGUAUGAUCUAAGUGAAUCCCCCACCAUCACCAGAACCAAAGAGACGAACCCGUUAACAAUUAAAAUACUCAAAGUAGCGAACAUAAUAGAAUGUUUGACACAAUUUCAUAAUUCAAUAAGAACAACUAACAGUAGCAGGAGCAGCAGCAGCAGCAACAGCAACAGCAACAGCAGCAGCCUCAUCGUGUGUCCUUCGGCGAACAGUUGUACGCGUGAAACGCCUGAAUCAGCGUAAAUAAAAAGACAACACAAAGAGCAGCAACCAAGCAACCAAGCAACCAACCAACCAGCAACCAGCAACACGAUGCCACAUGAAACCAAGAACAGAAAUAAAGGCAGAAAACCAUCUCUAUGUGUGUGUUGUGUGUCUUUGUUUGUCCAGCUUCUGAUUACCACCAUAUUCUGAUUAACCAACCAACCAACAAACAAACAAACAAACAGCCACCCAAGCACUAGUACAACAAGAACCACACCACCAGCUUUAAGAAAAAGAACUACACUGGCAUCCCAUCCGAACCGAAGAACAAUGCCACACAAGUCCAAGUUCAAUUUAAAAGUCCCCACCAAAACAACCCAAACCCCGAAACAAACCAUCUGCCAGCCAACCAGCUGUGAACUAACACCGAAGAAUGAUGUGUGGCCACUGCAUUGGACGUCAGCGUCGCAUGGGACACCUGACCAGGAACUACACCAUUGGCAUGUGGCAGUA